CGUUCCAUUUUUAAAAGUUUGCGGGCGGUUUUUUUCGAAAAUGGAAUCAUUUAUCGAAAGUGUUUUUAUUUUUUAAUUUUAUAUUUUUAUAAAUAAGAACUGUGUGUUUUAAAAGGAGUUUCUAAGUGAUCUGUGAAAUGACAGUUGGUUAUUUUUUUGUCCGCGGAACAUCUUAUUGUGCAAUAGGGAUUACUUUUUUGUAUCGGAGCUAAGGAUACGAUCAAAAAUGCUGAAGUGGGCGGUUUACGGUAAAAAGAACCAAGACCUUCGGGUUUCCAACGACCUUGACAAUGAAGACGAACAUUAUAGCGAUGAACAUUACAAUAACAAUAAUAAAGUCAGGAGGUCUCUCGAUGCACAAACAGUUAAAAAGAGCAAAAAACCAAGCAGGUACCAGCGAAGGUCCCUAGGAUCAGCUGCAGUUAGGAAAAACAUGAAAGCCGUAGAUAAAGAAAAUGUUAAUUACAUAGGAAAUACACCAAACUAUUACAGAGAAGGUUUUAUCAAAAAGCCAGAAGGGAUUGCUUUGAAAGAUGUUAGCAACAUAACUCCUACUGGCACUCCAGUCAAGAAGUUCGACAGGAGAAAAUACUACAUAAAUAGUUCCAGAGACGACAUUCCACCAGAUUUACCACCCACACCACCAACUUACAGCAGGAGGGUAAGGGAAGCUAAGAAAAGGAAACUUGAAAUGGCGAGUGCAAAUGAAGUUUUUAGAAGGGAUAGCUGUGUGUACAAAUCUGAAAGAAGAAUAAAGCCUAUCGACAGAAAUUCGUUCAGUCCAAAGCUAAGUCACAGUACUUCAGAGCCAUCACUAAGUGAUUUAUCUGAUAGAUUAAGUGCUACGACAACUAGUAGUAGAAACUCUUUUGCCUUAGGAAAACAAUUAAACAAACCUGUAUGUACUACCAAAACUAUAAACGAUGGCUUAGUUGAAAUAGAGUACGACAGAGAUCUAGUGCUCAAUUGUGUAGAAAAACCUCUGACUAUCAAUAAAAGUGCUAUUGAAAAAACUACUCUUCCCAUAUUUGGACAUCAUAUCUUUAUGGAUAAUCCCUUAUACUUUAAUAACAAUGAUAUUAGUCUUACAAAUAUAAGGCCAUUGAAAAGGACGCGAAAGAAAUCGAAUGAUUUCGAAAGUUCAUUUAAAUCGCCAUCUGUAGAUAAGAAAGAUGCUCAUACUCUGGUAAGGGAUGGAUGUUCACCAGUCUCAAUCACGCCUUUAUCUACGAAACUAGCAGCGUUAAGAUUCAGUACUAUGAGUGUACAUAGUAAAUCGCAAAGAGUUGCUUUCACAAAUGAUGUUACAGAAUAUUUUCCUAAAGUAGAAAAUCCUUUUACUAUCCCUCUAAGGGACGAAGAAACUUCUACCGAAAUGGAGAAUAAGUUUAUCUUAGGUAAGGAUUCUACGUCCAACAAUACAGACUCAACUGUCUCAACCACGCAAAUGGGAGAUGUUACACUUGAAAGGAUGAUCGAGGACAUUAUAAAGAGUACUAAAAUUAUAAAAUCCAAAAGAAGGAUAUUAAAUAAAGCUCCAGUAUUAGAUAUUCAUGAAGAAAUUCCUCCUCUUGAUACUGUAAAAGAUUUAUUCGUAAAUCCUCAGGCGGAAAACAAGACCAAUCUAAUCAGAGAAGCUAAAUACGUAAACUUGUCUAGAGAAAACUCAGUUUCACCUAAAACCACACCAACCAAAAGGAUGCCAGUUCAUAGAGUCAAUGAUAAACUACUCAAAAAUCUUCCUAUUGGAUGCUUUAUCCUUGAUGAUGGUGAUGGUUAUAAUGAAAGAGAAGUUAGGACACCAGAUAAUGCUAUUGAUGUGAAGCGUAAAGCAAGUCCUAAGAAACGUUCAACUCUCAAUAGAUCACAAUCUAUGAAUAUUUCUUAUGAAAGAGGGAAUCUAGAAUCUAUGUCUUCAGAAUCAACACCUGACUUAUAUUCCGCGGCCGAAGAAAGAGCAAGUCUUAGGCUAAAGCGGCAGAAGUGUAUACGAAGGAAAAAGUCUACAGUUAGCAAUGAAAGUCAAUGGAAGACCAAAGAUCUUAAGACUUCGAUUCUCACUCUAGAGAUAGGAAUACCUAGUCCAUCAACAGAACUACCUAACACAUCAUUAUGCGAGCCUCUAAGCCCUCCAUUAUCUAAUCCUAUUGAAACUGAUGAUUACCAGAACAUAUCUUUGAAGUCCAACGUAUCACAUAGCAGUUUGAUGCCUUACGCCAACUCUCACAACAAGAGAUCAAGAGAACUAUUCGGACUUACUCUAGAACAUGGUAUUCCUAGUCCUAUUACUCCUGUGCCUAAUCUUAAAAGGCCAGGCAAAGUGCUGAGUGAGGAGCGAGCUCAUAAGACAAGCAAACUAGAUGAUGAUUACCUCCCAACUGACACGCAUACUCCAGUCAUUGAGCAUAAGUCUAUACGUAGAUGUCUGACUUACUCCCCAGAGGAGAAUAGCAUAAGUAGUAGUGAAGAGAAAAGAAGAAGUGUAGCUAGUAAUCGUCUAGAAAGAUCUAGCGAGAGAUUCCAAGCCCCAAAAGGGACAAUAGAUUUAGAAAUCAUUACUAGGAAUGACGUCAUAGACGUGCACGUUGUAAGAUGCCGAGAUCUUCAGAGGUCCUCAGGGAAAACGGAUGACAUCAAUGCUUAUGCGAAGGUCGUAAUCAGCGGCGUAACAGAGAGCCAAUCCCUGCCGUCUCAACGAUCCAUCUUCCAACGAACAUCAGUACUAUACGGCAAGAGGGAACCGGAGUUCCAAAGACAUCUGAAGCUUCCACUACCAACUGCUGUCUACGACCACCAAGUUCUGCACAUCUCUGUGUGGCAUAGAGAUAAGAAAUACAGGCGGAGCGAGUUUUUAGGAUGUGUCUCGUUCCCACUAAAAGAUGCAAUUAACUGCGACAUAUCCGGCACGUAUUUCCUGCAACAAGGCUCUGGACGCGGCCAGAACGCGACGCAGGCGCACGCAAAUGACAGAUUCGUUAGAGAGGACCGCGUGACUGAAGGGGAUCCAGGCAAGAUGGCUACCGACAACAUUGAAACUAGCACUAACGAUGGCACUAAAGAAAAUCAUGAUAAAGGUGUAUCAACAAACGGCCCAUCAUCCACCACAGCGAGCCAGGCUCAAGCAGUGGCGGCUGCCCUCCAGCGAGAGGCUGAUGAGCACCUGUUCCUCCGAUACUUGGAGCUGGACCCCCCUGAAGAUCCCAACGCUCCCAGGAGAGCGCCCAGGAAUGGCAGAACACCGUUCACUACCACAAGGAAACUCAUCCGGGGUACUGCUGGUGGUUUCGGCUUCACCGUGGUAUGGACCAGGCCACCCAGGGUUGAGAGGGUAGCGGCGGGAGGGUCAGCAGAGCGCGCGGGACUCAGGGCUGGUGACUAUCUCGUGUUCGUGGGCAACAAGAAUGUGGUGACGUCCAAUGAGGAGGAAGUCAGAAACCUUGUCAAAUCAGCAGGUCAAAUGCUGAACAUAGAAACGUUCAGAAGAGUGCCUCCAAACGGCGUUGGGAUCCGACCGAGGCUGACGCAGGUGACCAUUCCUCCAGCGGAGUCCACGCCCCCUCCACCUCCAAGGUCCCCAAGAGGAGCAGCCUUAGCGUCUCCAGCUACUGCCGCUCGACCCCCCACCGCCUGUUCUUCAACCAGCCAGUCUCUCGACAGACGCAAGCUCCAUUUGCCCCAAGUCACAUUCUCCAAAGAGACGCCAGGGUUAGCAACUGAUGGCAGAAAACGCGCGCUCCUAGCCGUGGUGGCCAGAGAGCAGCAUUACGGGACCUGCCUACAAUUCGGCCUCGUCAGAUUUGUGUCACCCCUUGCUGAGAGAGCAGACCUCAUAGCGCCAAAUGAUCACCAGCUGCUGUUCCAAAAUAUUGAAGAGAUCUUCAGACUAUCAGAAGACAUCUUAGACCAAGUGGUGCAAGAUGACGGAGAGAUACAGACGUCGACUGUGGUCGCAAUCUACCUGCAGAAGACUCCCGUGUUCCUUAGCCUUUACAAAAAGUACUGCCUUGGUCUCAAGAGAGCUGACUGUGUUUUGGUAAAAAAGUCAAAAGACCCAAGUGGAGCAUUUUCCCGGUUCUGCACAAGCCCACCCAUACCUAGAAGAAGACCAGACAUCACGUCGCUAGUCCACAAACCAUUGGAGCAGUUCCGAGAGUUACUCCGGCUGAUGAGAGCGGCAGCGGCGGCAAAUGGUGCUGGACCUUACGACCAGCUAGAGAAGAAGCAGCUUCAAGUUAUUGUGGAGCAGUUACAGAGUGGUUACCAAGACGUGACAGCUGGUUCAGGCCUGAUGGGCCUCGCUGGAGAUGGCAAGCCGCUGCUGUCCGUCGCCGACUUGGAAAGUCGACUUGUGUUCACUAGGUGUAAGCCAUUCGUGCUAAGCACGGCAGGUCGUCAAUGGAUCUUCGGAGGUGAGCUCUCGAGGGUCGAGGGUCGCGCAGUGAGACCAUACUGGGCGCUGCUGUUCAGUGACCUGCUUCUCUUCGCUACCGUCUCGAGGGACCGGGUGCUGUUCGUGACUGAGGAACCAGUCGCGUUAGGGACCGUGUCCGAAGCACAGUUCAAUGUUAGGAAGAAAGCAACGGAAUUCCGCUUAAUCCUGGGCCGUGCAGGUGGCGAGUCUCCGCUAGUCUCGUGUUCGCCACGCACGCCAGCUCGGACAAGAACAGUCGUGUUAAGAGCUCCCUCCAUCGAUCUGAAGGCGGUUUGGCAGAGCUUACUGCAGAGGCAAAUUUACCGUGCCCACACGAUGUCAGGCACUCCGCUAGGCUCGCCGCUGGACUCGCCGGACCCGCAGCUGACGUUCUCCCUCGCCACGCUGGACUCACAGCAACGCCAGACGCGACGCAGUUCAGUGGAAACACAGACUGGGGGAGGGGGAAGUGCCACUGAAGGAGCCAGGAGUACUCGCAGCAGAGGAUCUACUCUUCAUCUGCAGAGGUGGAUGACGCAACUGCCUGAAGCCGAGGAGCUGGAUCCACCUGAACCUGAUAUGGAAAUGUGGAGCGUAGAGGAAUUAAGGAAACGGUCCAAAGAACUUAAUCUGUUAGAGGUAGCCGAUCUUGUUUCAAGCCAUGAAGCUAAAGGAACGUCGCCAGGAGACAAGAAGGAUAACGAUCGAAGUCCAUCAAAAAGCAGCAAUUCAGGAAGUCAAAUAACGGUAAGGACAAGCCCAGUGGUUGUAGACACGAUACCCGUCUGCAGACAGUGCCACAAAAAGUGUUUGUCCAAACCAAAUAGUCCCUUAGUGUCCCAAAAGGAACCGCCAGUGAUACCCGCCAAACCAAAAACCGAGGCAUCGCCCCAAAAUUCCAACUCUAAUAAGAGUUCCACCAGUCCAUGUAGCGCACAUUGUGGCAAUCGCAAGCCAAGAAACUUCUCACACUUAGAACGUAAAAAUGCCAUUAAAUUGCGUCCCGAAGAUGGGCCCAGAGCAGCGAAGAAGGUUAUAGAUUCUAUAGAACAAAGCCAGAGAAUGCUCAAAUCAACGUCUUACGAACUGAAAACUGAUUCACCAAUUUUAAGCAGAAGCGUUCAUUCAAUUCAUACAAAGAGCCAGUUAGAAUUAAGAAAAGAUAACUCAAUAAGAUCACCAAGUCCAUCAUCUAGUAGUCGAAACAGUCCACUGUCAACUAGCCACACAACCUGUAGUUCUAUGGUCUUUAAUUCUAGUUCUAACGAUUUAAGAAUGUCCAAUUCAAACAUUGCCAACCAGGUCCAAUGCGUCAUUGCUCAAGAGAAAUACUUGAACGAGGUGAAAUGUGUUGAAAGUAUAACUUUAACGAAAACCAAAACAGCAACGUCCAGCUACCCAUCGCCUGCGUCUGUUAGAAAAGAACAAAUUACUAGACAGAAAGCUGAAAACGUACUCAACAAAGUUUUAGGCAUGAAUAUUAUAACUAAAAGGGAGAAUGUCGGUUCUUGUUUGAAGACGUCAUCGGUAUUCUUAGAAGAUGAUUCAAUACACGAAGAUGACAAUGAUUUUAAAAUAGAGAGAGGUCUCAGACGGUCCCCUAGAAUGGGCAUUUCAGCAGUCAGUAAAAUGAAUGGUGACAUAAAUAAGAAGACUGAAGAUGUAAAUGCAAAUGCUACUGACGCAGGCUCAGAUGAUGAUUUAGAGUUAGGACCCCUAAUGUUGAUGGGCCUAUCAGCCAUCAAUCCUGCAGCGCAUUUAAUGAGAGUCGAACCAUUUAAAAGAGCUUCAGGGACGAGUUUGAACAAUCCAUGUUCUAGGCCAGGUAGCCUUGGCUCAGUCAAGUCAGAAUCUCCUGUUCCUAAUAUAGCUGUCGUCCCACCAACGCCCGACUAUAAUUCCACUAAUAAGACUGAUGACCUUGUAGAUGAGUCCCCAGAUUCCCCUGAUGUCCCAGACGACCUGCCUUAUGUAACGCUCAAAAGAUAUGGAACAAUGUCAAGCCUGGAGAGAUUACCGUCCGAUGAGACUGACGAUGGCAACGUAAGACUGACAGCACAAGAGCCAGAAACUUCGAAAGCUUAUAACAAUCCAGUAACUGGUGCUGCUGGUGGUAUAAUGGGCUGGACAGCAAGAGCCGGGUCUUUUGUCGUGGAGAAAAUGAACAUCUUCAGUUAUACUGAGAGUGUACCCAGCACAGCUAUAGCGCACAAACAACCUUCGUUCUUAGAAAGAUGUCUCGGAGUAAGUGAUUGGAAGUCCACAAUUGGUACAGAAGAGGGCACUGGAGAAACGGGGGAGGGGAGUGGAGCAAGUGGCGAAGAAGCUUGGGGCACUCCAUCAUCUGGAGACCUGUCGGAUAACCUGCCUGAUUCUGAACAUGGAACUCUGUCGUCCCCAACGAAGUCAUCAUCUUCAUACGCCGGUGAUGAUGAUACGGAGCUGAUGAUGGAUGAACUCCUCAUGGCCCCAACUAUUACAGGACCUACAACCAUGAGACCACUUUUGCCAAGGGAUGUUUUUAGGAGAAGACUGGAACCUCUCAUGGAGGAAGAGUGUUCUGACAGUGGUAGCGAAGACAACAAGCCUACCCCCACCAACUCUGACGACCAGGGCAGCGAGCGUGGCCUCGAUGCUGACGACUGUUGCGACGUGCCGCACCCGCCGCCCUCUGCUUCCGAUCAAGAACCAGAGGGCGGGGGUGCGGGCGUCGGCCCAGCUGCUGGAGGGGAGGGAGGUGGUGGCGCCGAGUGCGAGCUGAGCCCCGACCGGACGCCCACCAACGAGGCGCCCUCGACGCCCUUACUAUCUGUUUCAAGAGAGUUUGCGGAGGUGCGUGCCAUUGUUGGAGCUGGUCGUCGGGGCUCAGCCAGCUCGGACAGCACGCCCUCCACACUCGAACGCACCACUAUACACAACCCCACGUCACUCAACCAACCCGGACCAGCCGUUUCAGCCUCGGAGCCAGCACCAGCACCGGAGGUUACCUCACCACGGGAGGAACCGACACCACCGACGCCGGAGCGACUCACUCCUCGAGCGGAGAUGAGACUUGCUUUGGACCAGGGGAAGGAUAUGCUGGCAGAACAGGAGGUGUCCUGGGGUGGCGGGUCCGACCCCUGGUCGUUUCGCGCGGCGUGUCAGCGGUCGCUGCUGCGGCGCGUGGCGAGCGCCGACGCAGUGACGCUGUGCCGCGCGCACCCGCGCCGCACCGCCCCGCAUACUACUUCGCGCAAUUCUGUAUAUGCCUGGAAGGUUCCAGAAAGCGAGAAACCUAUGGAGAUGGAGCAACUGGCACGAGCGGAAGUUCAGACGAUGCGUUCGCGGACGCGCUCUCUAUGCCAGAACGGGAAGAUAAUGGGUUUCCUCCGUCGUCGCGCGUCGUCCGAUAGCCCGCGGCGCGAGCCGUUCGUGCUGUCGAGCGCGCGGCCGUUCUCCCCGCGCCGCAGCUCCGAGAAACAUUUCGAGAAACGGUUUUGGAAACAAGUGACUAGAAGACGACAAUCCCUCGGAUCAAUCAGUCAAAUAUAGACGUGAUAAACUAAUUAGAAACGAUCAUAUAAAGUGUUCAUGUGUAGAACUUCACGAUAUACAAGUAGAUGAUUCAGCAUUAGAGACUGUAAACCUAGACGGUCGACAUAAGGACCAGAAAUAUGAUAAAACUGGAAUGCUAUUGAAAGUGUGAAAAGACAAUGAAGAAAUUAAUGGAUUGCCAAACGAUAACAGAUAUAUGCCAAAUACUGACGAAAGGGACCUGUCAAUACUUCAUAUCUUAGAAUCACUUUGUUUAUAGUACAUUAACACUAUAGGCCUAAUUGUUGACUGUAAAUAAAAGAGCUGUUUAUUUCUCAUAGUUGUACAAAUAGAAUUAUUUAUAACUGAGCUUGAUAGAGAAUGUAAAAUAUGUGAUAGGAUACGAACUGUUUUAACUGUCUUGUAAAUUGUUACAUCUGAUUAUAGAAACUUGUGUUUUUUUCGGAAGUGAUGUAACAUAUUUUUUCUCGUCUUUGUAUUCUACGUCGAUUUGUCCUUUGGAAUUUGUAACGCUUGGUUUUAUAUGUCGCACAAAUUUAGAUAAAACAUUUGUGUGUUCUACGGAAUAUAUUCAUCAAAUGUGAAUGAAUAUUUUCACAUCAAUAUUUUAUUUGUCAAUCAAGAAACAAGUUUGGAAUAGAAAAAGCUACAAAUUUUUAAUAUAUUUCACAGAUUUCCUUAAAAAUGUCUUUACUGUUUGGAAAACAAUGCUUGCCAAAUCUGUGGCAAUGUAUUUUGUAACUAACGUUCCUGAAAUGACUCUUACUUUUGUAAAAACCUUAAAUAUUUCGCACUUAUGUGCAACAUUUUACAUAUGAAACGAUAUUCAUACUAUAAAAUGUGUAUAAGUAGUCAAUUUGUGCAAAUUCAAUGCUUUUUUGAGUUCCUAAAUGACGAAUUAUUAGAAUUUUGAAUCAUUAUGUAUUACAUUUUUGUAGAUAACAAUAAAACAAUGUCACUAACGUCAUAUUUAUUAAUUUAAGCCAUUUUUAACAAAAUGUAUAGAGUUUUCCAUUCG